AUGGAAACUGACGCUGAAAAGAAUAUUGAAAUCUGGAAAGUUAAGAAAUUGAUCACUUCCCUACAAAAGGCUAGAGGUAAUGGUACAUCCAUGAUCUCAUUGGUUAUUCCACCAAAGGGUCAGAUUGCUAUGACCCAAAAGAUGUUGACUGAUGAAUAUGGUACUGCUUCUAAUAUUAAAUCAAGAGUCAAUCGUUUAUCUGUCUUAUCUGCCAUUACUUCCACACAACAAAAAUUGAAACUGUACAACAAAUUACCUCCAAAUGGGUUAGUUUUAUACUGUGGUGAUAUUAUUACUGAAGAUGGUAAGGAAAAGAAGGUGACUUUUGAUAUUGAGCCUUAUAAGCCAAUUAACACAUCUUUAUACUUAUGUGAUAAUAAGUUUCAUACCGAAGUACUUUCUGAGUUAUUAGAAGCUGAUGAUAAAUUCGGGUUUAUAGUCAUGGAUGGUCAAGGUUGUCUGUUUGGUUUACUUGCAGGUAACUCCAGAACAGUCUUACACAAAUUUACAGUCGAUCUACCAAAGAAGCACGGGAGAGGUGGUCAAUCUGCCCUUCGUUUUGCUCGUUUGAGAGAGGAAAAAAGACAUAAUUAUGUGAGAAAGGUAGCUGAAGUUGCUGUUCAAAAUUUUAUUACAAAUGAUAAGGUAAAUGUUAAGGGGUUGGUGUUGGCAGGUUCUGCUGAUUUCAAGACAGAUUUAGCUAAAUCCGAAUUAUUUGAUCCAAGAUUAGCAGCUAAAGUUGUUCAAAUUGUUGAUAUUUCUUAUGGUGGUGAAAAUGGUUUCAACCAAGCCAUUGAACUUUCUGCCGAAGCCUUAUCUAACGUUAAGUUUGUUCAAGAAAAGAAAUUGCUAGAUAAAUAUUUCGAUGAAAUUUCUCAAGAUACCGGUAAAUUUUGUUAUGGUAUUGAUGAUACUUUGAAGGCUUUAGAUCUUGGUGCUGCUGAAAUCUUAAUUGUCUACGAAAAUUUGGAUAUUGUAAGAUUCAUUUAUAAGAACUCAGAAGAUGAAGAAGUUGUAAAAUACGCCAGUCGUACUCAAAAGGAUAAAUCAUACUGUCUGGAUAAAGCAACUGGUAAGGAAAUGGAAGUUGUUUCUGAUCAACUACUUGUGGAAUGGUUAGCUGAAAAUUAUAAAUCAUAUGGUGCCACUUUGGAGUUCAUUACAAACAAGUCAUCUGAAGGUGCCCAAUUCGUUACAGGGUUUGGUGGUAUCGGUGCGUUAUUGCGUUAUAAGGUUAAUUUCGAACAAUUGGCUGAAGACUCCGAUGACGAAUACUAUGAUGAUGAUGAAGGCUCUGAUUAUGAUUUCAUUUAA